AUGUUCGGGGGCCGGGCGAGUCCUCUCUUCCUGGGCACUUCAGGGAUCUGGUGGCAGGACACGCCGUCCCUGGCAGCAGUGGAGGCAUCCUGGGACGUGGCGAAGAUGGCAGCUCUGCGCAAGGCUGCAGGUGACAACUCAGACCUGAGUCACCUGGAGGGGGACAGCGCGGAGGAGCUGGCUGUGCCAGACCCAGAGCUGGAGGCCAUCAAAGCCAAAGUGCGGGAGAUGGAGGAGGAGGAUGAGAGGCUGAAGGAGUUGCAGCUGGAAGCUGAAAGCCGCUUCAUCAUGAGCUUAGAUGCAGGACUCUUCCCAAGGACAGCUGAGGAGAAGAAGGAGAUUGACCAGCGAUCCAUCUAUGUGGGCAAUGUGGAUUACGGGGGCACGGCAGAAGAGCUGGAGUCUCACUUCAACAGCUGUGGGCAGAUCAACCGAGUGACCAUCCUUUGCGACAAGUUCUCAGGGCAUCCCAAAGGAUAUGCCUACAUUGAGUUCCAAGAGAAGAGCUCUGUGAAGGCUGCGGUGGAGCUGGAUGAGAGCAUGUUCAGAGGCCGUGUCAUUAAGGUGCUGCCCAAGAGGACCAACAUGCCAGGCAUCAGCACCACUGACCGUGGGGGCUACCGGGGCCGCUUCCAAGCCUGGGGAGGGCUGGCCCAGCGGGGAGGCUACCAUGGAGGGCAGCAUCUGAGGGUGCGAGGGAGGACGUACAGGGGUCGGGCAAGGCUGCUGCCGUGGUAUUUUCCCUAUUAG